GCUUGGAGCGCACCAUUCGCGUUUAGGGGGAGGUACCGCGCCCCGGAGUACUCAGAAACCUGCUCCCCUUCUUCAGACAGGUGGAAGAUAAGUUUGCUUCAGAUUCUAAAAGUUCUAAGAAUACGAAGGCCUCAGCCGCCCGUCGCCGGGCCACAGCCCGAGGCUCUCGCUUUCUCCCACAGCCCCGCAUUCCGCCUUUGAGGCGCGGAACAAAGUGGCACGCCCGGAUCCCAGCUGAUCAGCGGCUGGGCUUUGGCGUUGGCUCUCCCGGGCGAGACCAUUGUGACUCCUCGGGAGGGGCGCACGCCGGGGAGGGGGCGGAGCGGCCAUUGUCCGGUCAGCGCAGCCUCAGGGGGAGGGGACGGUGUUACGGAGACAGCAGGGCCCGGGGCUUCAGAGCGGCCGCUGCGACUCCGGAGCCGGCGGGGGGCUCCGGUCCUUCCCUGCGCCACCGCACAGGACAUCUUUCUGGCUGGGGAGCGGCGGUGAGAGCCGCCGAGGGCGUCUGUGUCCCUCCUCCCCCGCGGUCCUCGGUGCGUCCGCACGCCCCUCCUCCUCGGCUCCCUCCUCCUUCUCUCCGCGCCUCUCCGCCCCACCCCCCCCGUCUCCGCAGGCCGAGUGGUGCGGCCCGCCUCCAGCUGACCGGCCUGGAAUCCCGGCUCCGAGCCCCGGACUCGCGCCCGCCCGUGCGCCCGCUCCCUCCCCCUCCCCCCGCCCCGAGCCCCCCGACGCCGCCGCCACCGCCUCCUCAGAGCGGGGCCCGGGCCCAGCCGCCGCCACCGCUGCCGCCGCCGAGCUCCGCCGCCGCCGAGCACCAUGGGAGACGCUGGGAGCGAGCGCAGCAAAGCGCCCAGCCUGCCGCCUCGCUGUCCCUGCGGCUUCUGGGGGUCCAGCAAGACUAUGAAUCUCUGUUCCAAAUGCUUUGCUGAUUUUCAAAAGAAACAGCCAGACGAUGAUUCCGCUCCAAGUACAAGUAACAGCCAAUCAGAUUUGUUUUCCGAAGAGACCACCAGUGACAACAACAAUACCUCGAUAACCACGCCAACUCUUAGUCCCAGCCAGCAGCCGCUUCCGACAGAACUGAAUGUAACUUCACCGAGUAAAGAGGAGUGUGGGCCAUGCACAGACACAGCUCAUGUCUCAUUAAUCACACCAACAAAAAGAUCCUGUGGUACAGAUUCACAGUCUGAGAAUGAGGCUUCACCAGUAAAACGGCCACGACUUCUUGAGAAUACGGAACGGUCCGAGGAAACCAGUCGAUCUAAACAGAAGAGUCGACGUCGGUGCUUCCAGUGCCAAACCAAACUGGAGCUGGUGCAGCAGGAAUUGGGAUCGUGUCGCUGCGGUUAUGUGUUCUGUAUGUUACAUCGCCUCCCCGAGCAGCACGACUGCACAUUCGACCACAUGGGCCGUGGCCGGGAGGAAGCCAUCAUGAAAAUGGUGAAGCUGGACCGGAAAGUGGGGCGCUCCUGCCAGCGCAUCGGGGAGGGGUGCUCCUGAAGGCCAGGCAUGGCCACCACAUGACGCUGUUCUUAGUUCACUAAUGUUAGCCUUAUUUAGGACAAAGUCAGCCAGACACCUUGUACUGGGCACGCGUCAGACUGCAGCCAGUCCGUUUCCUUUCUUUAGCCAGCCAUCCUGGUACUGUAGUUUAGGGGUUGAUGGUGGUUGAAAUUGAUUUCUGGCUGGUUACUAAGGUGCCUGCUAGCCAUUGUAUAAAAUUAAAACAUGAAGAAUAUUUUUUUUUUGAGCAUGGCUAGUGGAUUUAAAACAACACAUACCUGUCACUGCUGGAGUCAAACUUAUAAAAAGCCUUAAGUGGAAAGUGUUCCAGACGGAGACUCUGAGUUAAUAGAGGAGUAGAAGCUGGUGUUAAAGUUCCCACGACGCACAUGGCUUUGCCAGAAACUCUGUUUAAUGAUCGGCCUUUCACCUCUUCACUUAUCCUUAGUCCCAGUAGCCAGGAUACCUGAUGGCCACGUGUGCCUUGGCCACGGGAGGCUGCUGAGAUUGGCCACGUGGCUGGGCUGGGUGGUGGCCUCACUCUCCCACAGAGCUGGAAAUGGGGGGUGGGGGACAGAUUCUUACGGAAAUUUUUUUACCUGACUUGCUAUGAAAAAACUCAUCACACAAGAAGAGAAACAGUAACCUCACUUUGAAAAUUAGCUCCACUCAAGACUAGUCCACGAACGAGACCCGCCUUUUCUACACAGGAUCCAAGGUCACGAGAAGCAGCCAGAGUGCCCCGCCUCCGCCGGCUCUGGUCUGCCAUUCGCCAGUGCAGGGAUCUGGCACGGACCAGAUGUGGCGAAUGGCAGCACAGCGCGGUGGCUGGGUCUGCACACUGGCCUCUGCAGCCAGAUUUCUAUAUUGGGAGUUUUUUAAAAAGACAUUUCAUAGCCAACAAGAAUCAGUAGAAGUGCUGGGAGCAGCAGCUGGGGAAGCUGCCGCCCACGGGCUCUGCCCCUUCCAGCUGGAGCCGCCCGUGCCUCCAGGGGCCAAGAGGAUGAUGUCGUGGCCUCCAUUCUCGUUUCUAUGCAGCCCCAUAGUCCAAGGACACCCAGUCCACAUCUACCAUAUAGCAAGUUUAGUAAGGGAAGGCAGCAUACGUCCCAGGGACAGUGGGUUUGGAUCUGUCUAGAACAGCGGUUUGUGGCUGUGGCCCAGCUCCGAGAGUGAUAUUUGCUCUGGUAGGUGAGGGCCUGAGGGUACAUUUCUCCACCUGUGCCCCCUCAUGUUCACAGAGGAUUUCAGCAGCUGCAACUGUGCACACCAGGUGGGGAAGGGUGGGGGUGGGCCUGGUUGCCCCAUGUUAGGAAAUCACUACCAGUCAGGUGGGGCUGGGGCUGGGUGGACAGGAUCAGGAUUCCCUUGAAAGCCCAGGCAGGGUGAGCAGUCCCAGUGGUCCUAGUGCCGCAUCAGAUCCAGGUGGGUGAGGGCAGGAGGCCCCUGCGGAGGCAGCGUGGAUCUGCCCACACAUAGGCUACUGGAAUAGUUUAACCCAGCAACUUUCCUUUUUAUAAAACAACAAAUGGUUCAACUCUGUCUGCAAAUUAACAGCUGAACACCUGCAACUGCAAAUGUUUUUUGAUCCGACGUACUGAAAUAGGAAGUCAUGCUCUUCCCACCCUCCACCCACCAGAGUGGAACCCGCUGCAAAAUCCCCAGCCUUAAUUCUUGCUUCAGGACCCAGACCGGUGUCUUGCUCUAGGGCAACCCAGGGCAGAGGGGCCAGGUCUGCCCAGCGUUUACCACUGCUGUCAAGCCACAGCCCUUGGCCACCAUACGGGCCAUCCUCAGUGAGGCAGCCCCCCAUAGGCCUCCGCCAAGCUCUGGUCCCGAAGAGGCUGUGCGAGCCCUUCCCGGCCCUCCCCAGGCCCCCCCCCCCCCGCCCCCUCCUCUGCCUGCUGCGUGGAGGCAGCCAUGGGAAGGAGCCCAGGGGAGCUGGCCUGGGGGAGCGAAGCCCAUGUUCGCUUCCUGACUUAGAGCUGGGGGUGGGGGUGGGGGGUGGGGCUUGUUCCCCUGCAGUAUCUGUUCUGUGAAGUUUGUUAAAUGUAAGGAAAGCUUAAAUUCUUGUAUCUUUAAAAGAGAAAAUCUUAUUUAACCCUUUUGUGUUCUAGAUUUACUUACACACAUAGCCUAGAGCUCAGUUUUAGUUUUAACAUUGUGAAAAUAUUAAAAGAAUCUUGUAACUUUAUUCUUUUUUCUCCUGCUGAAAGAAAAAAUUAAACCAAUCAUAUGAAA